UCUUGAGAAACCUGCGAUCGGGAGAUGUUGGUAUAUUACUCGAACUGAAAUAUAAAAAUGAAUCGUCGAUGCUAGCAUUGACUCAAAUUCUCGAUCGUCAAUAUUACAAAACAUUCGACCAAGAUUUAAAAAAAACGGAAUAUCUUCAAUAUAACAACAGAAGUUUUAAUCGGAAUUCAUUAUGAUCCUACGGCUAAUAAAACAUCGCUAAGUUAUCUGUGGAACGAUCGAGAUCUGGAGAAAGCUCAGCACGUGUAGUUGGAGUGUGCCGAUAAGUAUCCACGGUUCUAUUUAAAAAGUUUUAAUUUUUCUGGAGACCUGUAGUGUUUUGUUUUUGAUAAAAAUUUCAAGGAAGGUCUCUAGAUUAAAACAGCGGGGCGCAUUUUCGAGUUCUUCGAUAUUGAAGGCUAAAGUGGUGGCAGAGGCCCAUAUGUGUGACCGCAAAAAUUCACGGCUGGUGGAAUCAAAUUAAAAUGUCACGUGUGUUGGUCUUAAAACACAAAAAAAA